UGCAUUUACUAUAUCCGGUCUCCCCGGACCCUGCAUUCACUACAUCCGGUCUCCCCGGACCCUGCAUUCACUACAUCCGGUCUCCCCGGACCCUGCAUUCACUACAUCCGGUCUCCCCGGACCCUGCAUUCACUACAUCCGGUCUCCCCGGACCCUGCAUUCACUACAUCCGGUCUCCCCGGACCCUGCAUUCACUACAUCCGGUCUCCCCGGACCCUGCAUUCACUACAUCCGGUCUCCCCGGACCCUGCAUUCACUACAUCCGGUCUCCCCGGACCCUGCAUUCACUACAUCCGGUCUCCCCGGACCCUGCAGUCACUACAUCCGGUCUCCCCGAACCCUGCAUUCACUACAUCCGGACCCUGCAUUCACUAUAUCCGGUCUCCCAGGACCCUGCAUUCACUAUAUCCGGUCUCCCAGGACCCUGCAUUCACUAUAUCCGGUCUCCCAGGACCCUGCAUUCACUAUAUCUGGUCUCCCAGGACCCUACAUUCACUACAU